UUUAAAAAAGGUGUUCACAGAUUAAUAUGGGCCUUUUUUUUGGAAAAUCACACUGCUCAUUUCACAUCAAAUACCUGUGCAUUUCCACAGAUUUUUCACCCCCACCCCUUUCCCUUUCUCCUCCCCAACGACUCCGACCGCCAUUAAACUCUGCUCUUCCCCAGAAACCUUCUCCCCCCCUUCCAUUAAUAUUUGAACUCAUAGUAACAAUGCCUUUUAGCCUUUGCAAUUUCACACCCAAUUUCGUCUACUUUUAGUUUGUGAUUGAAUUGAUUCUGCGAGAUGGGUUGUUGUGUAAGCACAAGAAGAUCCCCUGCAGGUCCCAGCUCGCCGGAUCCGGUCAAGAUUGACAGAUCUGCGCCGCCGGUGGAGGAGGAAACCGUCAAAGAAGUCGUCUUGUCGGAGACCCACAUCUCAAAGCCCAUUUCUUUGCCGGAUGAGGAGAAGCAGGAGAAGAUCGGGAAUGGUGAGCUGAAAGAUGUUGACUUUGAGAAGGGCAAGGUUGAGGUUCCCGGAGGCCGGCGGCGCGGUGGCGUGGUUAAGGAGGAGGAAGAGGAGGUUGCCGUUUCUGAGCCUUCUGAAAUGUGCAGCUUCAGUGAGAGUAUUUCCACGACGGCGACGGAGAGGCGGGAUGACGACGGAGAAGUCAACCAGAGGUCUCCUGCCCCGCCGAGGAAGCGGCGGGGGACCGGAGAUCUGGCCGGAAGGAUCGACAGGAGUUUCAGGUCACCGGCGGGAAGAUCGACGCCGUCUCCGGAGAAGAGGAAUGCUCUGGCCUCGUCGAGAGGCGGCCAGAGCCGGUCUCGCGUGACGUCACAGAGGCGUAAUGCGGGUCCUCAAAAAGACGUUCCACGAGACUCCGCCACCACGCGCCGGUCGAGAUCCCUUGCCACGCGCCGAGAGGUGGAUUCUCGUCGCAAUGUGAGCAACAAAAGCCCCGCCGUGGGGGAAGGUGGCCGUUCGCCAGCGAGAAGCGCAGAGCGCCACACCGGAGACGAUAAAUCGGAGACACGUAACGCCGGCGCGGCGGAGGAGACCGGCGAGUCGCUUGAGAACCCUCUCGUUUCCUUGGAAUGUUUCAUAUUCCUCUGAGAAAUGUCAAAUCGGGGGCCAAGACGUUGUCGUUUCGGAUCUUCGACUGUUCGAAAUUAAUUUUUUUAUGUCGUUAUUAAUUACUCCCUCCGUCCCAAAUUAUAAUGCCUUUUUAUUAUUCACAGAGUCAAACUUCAUUCACUUUCUUUCUCUAUUUUCGUUAGCAAUUUGAUAAAAUAAAAUAUUAUUGUCACU